AUGAGAAUGCAAAGAGCAGCCAUGAUCCUCGUACAUCGGAUGCUUUGGGAACGAUUCAAUGUUGAAGAUACUGUCGUUUCUGCCUACUACAAAAGAUGUUGGGGAGACUAUGGUUUUGUCGCAACGGUGGCAAUUUCUCUGGAAGAUGGUGCCAAGGCUCGCAUACGUUUAUUACAAGCCACAACUUUCCAAAGAAGAAUUCACGCGUUUUGCAGACAGGUCUUUGCUCCUUCACGAGGCUCCUGUUGUAGAAGCUUUGCAUUUCAUACUCGUGACAGUAAAGACAUCCAAGUGUGGAUUAGGGCUGCAGAAAAACGCUCUGUGCGUGAGCUGAGUAUCGUGAUUGACACUCUUGAAUCACCACCAGUAGUGGAACUUCCUAGGAGCUUGUAUAGAAGCUGCAGGAUGCUUGUGACCUUGAAAUUAUGUAACGCGGUCCUUGUGGAUGAUGCAGCUUAUCCAUUUUCUUUCCCAUCCCUAAAAAAACUGAGUCUUGAAUCUAUCAAGUACCCUAAUGAUGUAUUUCUAGACAAGCUUUUAUCCGGUUGUCCUGUUCUUGAAGACUUGGUUGUACGUCAAUGUCCAGGUGACAAUGUGCCCAUUGUUCGCGUUAGAAUGCUUCACCUAAAGAGUUUAGCCUUGGGUACAGCAGAAGACAGAGCUGAAGGCGAUCCACAUGGGUUUGUGAUAGACGCUCCUUCUUUGGAGUGCUUGGACAUUGAUGAUUAUGAUAGUGGGUCUUGUGUCAUUGUGAAUAAGCUGAGUAAGAUUUGGAAGGCAAGACUCCACACUGGUGGUCCCCAUAAUGAGAAGCUUGUUGGUUCUAUAACUUCAGCCAAGCGUCUUUGUCUCUGCUUGCCAAACCCAAAGAAUGUCUAUCCUGUUAGUACUGUCUUCCACCGUCUAGUGGAUUUAGAGAUAUGCACAUGUCAGACAGAAUGGUUGAAUCUACUUAUGCGUGUUCUCAGUGAUUCCCCUAAGUUACAAUCUCUCACGCUCCGAAAGGGCCAUAGAUAUGAUGAUGGUGUUGAUGUUCCGGGCCCGUGUUGGAAUGAACCGAGCUCAGUUCCUGAAUGUGUGUCAACGACUCUUAAAACUUUCGAAUGGCGUAUUUAUGAAGGAACAGAAGAAGAGAAAGAAGUAGUAGCUUUCAUCUUAAGAAACGGAAGUUGUUUGGAGAAUGUAACUAUAAACCUUGACGGAAUCUGUUUAGAGAAGGGAGUUGAGAUGAUCAAGGCGUUAUCGUUUCUGCCCAGGCGUUCCCCUACUUGUAGGAUUACGUUUGACUGA